AUGGAGACUACUUGGGAGAAGCCAGUUUCAUCAUCUACAGGUCACUGCCGCCACCCUUCCUUCUCCUCCACUCUCCUCGACCAAAUCUAUCGCUCCAUCGACGAUUCCCCACCCACCAGGAAGAAGCAGCAGCAACACCGUAACGCAUAUCUCCACGAUGAUUCGUCAGACAUACUCGUCUUCCACCGCCGCUCCAUCGCCGCUGAUUUCGAUAGAUCCAGGAGAACCACCACCACCGCCGCCGCCGACUCUGUUUUCCUCAGAUACUCCAACUCCUGCUCCUCCGAUUCAAGCGGACUCUCCUCUUCCGAGUCAGACUACGGACGCUCCAAAUCCUCUGCCUCUCCUCCGCAACCGAAGCCGAUUCGUACUUCCGUCGACCACUCCGGCGUCCAGAAACCUAACAGCAAACAAGACCUCGGCGGCUUCCUGAGAACCAAGUCAAAGGCGUUGAAGAUCUACACCGAUCUUAAGAAAGUGAAACAACCCAUCUCUCCCGGCGGUCGACUCGCUACUUUCCUCAACUCCCUUUUCACCAACGCCGCCGGUAACCCUAAGAAGCACAAGAAAACUUCCGCGGCAGAGCCACAGUCGUCGUCGGCUAUGUCCUCCUCCACCACCACAACCUGCUCCUCCGCGUCGUCUUUCUCAAGGUCUUGCCUGAGCAACAAAACUCCGUCCUCCGGCGGGAAAUCGAAAAGGUCAGUACGGUUCUGCCCAGUGAAUGUGAUCCUCGACGAAGACUCAUCCAUUCACAUCCCUUACGGUUACAACAACAGACUCUACAACGACGCCAAACGCGACCGCCACGUCAUGGAGGAGGAGAAUAACCGCCGCGUUAUCGAAGCAGCCAAAGAUCUUCUCAGGACUUACCAUAAGAACAAGGAUCAUCACUUGGCCAUUAACACAACGAAGACCAAGUGCGAUGAUGUCAUUAACGUAGAAGACGUUGACGACGACGAUGAUGAUGCGGCGAGUUACGCGAGCUCCGAUCUAUUCGAGUUGGAGAAUCUUUCGGCGAUUGGGAUCGAGAGGUAUCAAGAAGAGCUACCAGUGUACGAGACCACUCGUCUGGAUAAUACGAAUCGAGCCAUUGCUACUAGUUUAAUUGUAUAA